UACGUCACUACGUCACCGGACAACAUGGCGCCUCUCCGCUCUCAGCGCACCUGUCGCCGGUGAUGAGACCGUCCUCUGCCGGCCUCAGGGCUCUGUGUCCGGGAACGAAGCUCCGGAGGAGCCGCUGCGUCUGCACCGAGCAGGAGAGAGACAGGAGGUGUUUGCUGCUCCUGUGGCUGUUUGAGAGAGAUGGAAAGAAACGAUGAGGCGUCCUCUUCAUCAGACGACCUUCAUCAUCGUCAUGGCUGCUGUAGCUCCUCCUCCUCUGCUGAUGUUGUGACGUCACAGUGUGCGGAUCUCUCCACCUGUACGCUCUGCUCCGCGUCAGAUCACGGCCCAACGCGACCAAUCAGAUGCUGCUGUGACGGUCAGGGGGCGGGGCUUAGUCUGAGAGAUGACGUCACCCAAACUGACAGGAUAAGUCAAAAUGUGGAAGUGAAGUGUUCGUCAUCGAGCUCAAACGGGCUGGUGUCCUGCGCAGAGGGGUCAAAGGUCAACCCCUGUGGGGGCGGGGCUUCUGACCUCCACCUGGACGAGUCCACCUGCUCUGCACCGCCAUCGGAGGCCUCUCAGGAUAUUGACCCUGUGACCCCCCCCUCUGACUCUGACUCACAGGAGGGGGAUGUGACCUCUGACCUCCAGGAGGUCAGCUCUGAUGAUGACGCCUUCACCACCGAGCCGCCACCGGGCGAGCUGAGCCUCCGCGCUCCUCGCUACAGGAACACGUUUGAGUGCGGCCGCAGGCAGAGCGCUCCGGGUCAGCUGGUUCAGGACCACGGAGGGUCCGAGUCUGAGCUUCAGUCCAGGAGGCCGGUCAUCGCCGAGUACUUCAGCAGCAGGAAGCAGCAGUCCGUCACUCAAAGUGUUCCUGGUUGGAAGCUGUUUGGUAAAGUUCCUCCUAAACUGAGUCCCUCCAAACAGGCUCGGAUCAUCCAACAGGAGUUCGAGGCGCGGCAGGUCGCAGCCCGCUGCUCUCCUACCCAUCAUGCCGCGGGGCAGCAGAGCAGGAAAAAGGUGGAGUUUGAGCCGCUGUCCACCACAGCGCUGAUCCUGGAGGACCGGCCGCCGAACCUUCCAGCCAAGUCGGCAGAGGAGACGCAGAGACACAGACAGCAGUACGAGCUGAUGGUGGCGGGAGCCAAGAGGAGAGAGCUGAAGGAGGCUCAGAGGAGGCAGCAGCAGAUAGAGGAGAGGUUCAGACAGGAGGAGGUGAUCUCCAACACCUCGCUGAUCUGGAACCAGCACAUCCUGCCACACUGGGACGCCAUGAGGUCUAGUCGUCGGGCUCGGGACAUGUGGUGGGGAGGUUUACCUCCCAGCGUCAGAGGUCGAGUCUGGAGCCUCGCUGUCGGCAACGAGCUCAACAUCACUACAGAGCUGUAUGAGAUCUUCUUGUCCAGAGCGAAGGAGAAGAGGAGGAACCUCACUGACGACGGGGCGUCGUCCAGUCUGGAGCUCAUCUCCCGGGACGUUUCCAUGACGCUGCCGUCGCUCUGCGUCUUCAACGAGGGCGGCCCUUACCACGACCUGCUGCAAAGCAUUCUGGGAGCUUACACCUGUUACAGACCUGAUGUGGGAUAUGUGCAGGGUAUGUCAUCCAUGGCGGCCAUGUUGAUCCUAAACAUGGACGAGGUUCAGGUCUUCAUCAGCUUCUCCAACCUGAUCAACAGACCCUGUCAGCUGGCCUUUUACAGAGUCGACCACCAGCUGAUGCUCAGGUAUUUCGGGGCCUUCCAGGUGUUCUUCCAGGAGACUCUCCCCCGUCUCUUCCUUCACUUCCGGUCUUCAGGUGUGACCCCUGACCUCUACCUCAUGGACUGCUGUGAUAACCCCCCCUCCAGGAUCCUGUCCCUCUACAUGAAGCCCCUCCCUCUGGACGUGGCCUGCAGAGUUUGGGAUGUGUUCUUUCGGGACGGGGAGGAGUUCCUGUUCAGGACGGCUCUGGGGAUCCUGAAGCUCCACCAGGACGUCCUGCUGCACAUGGACCUCGUCAGCAUCGCUCAGUUCCUGUCCCGCCUCCCCAAUGAGGAGCUGCUCUCUGAUAGGCUGUUCUCCUGCAUCUCGGCCACGCUCAUGCUGAGCGGGAACAGGAAGUGGACUCAGGUUUUGUCGUCCUUCGGUGACUCAGAGACGAGCAGCUGAUCUGAUCUACCGACACUUUUUAUGUGUUUUAUUGUUAUUUAUUUAUUUUAUUUCUCGUUAUUUGUUUCUGUAAUAAAACAUUUAAAGGUGAAAUGAUGCUCUGGAGUACGGAGGACUGAAGCUGCCUUUAUGAGAAAUAAAGAAAUGAAGAACUAAAAGCCUCAAUCAUGAAUACAUGUACAGCUUGAUUUCAAAAUAAUUAAAGUGUUUAUGGACUGUUAUUUGGUGUUAAGCCCUCUCAUUUAUAUACAUAACAUUUAAUU